AUGGAUAAAAAAAUAAACGAUCUCGAAAGAAAAGUUCUCGAUAUUGAGAGAAGUCGAGAAUUCGACAGCCAAACAUUUUCAGAAAUAAGUAAACAACAGAAAGGUUUGGAUACUUACAUGAAAAAAAUGGAAAAGUUCGAAAAAGAGCAUAAAGAAAUGGAAAACGCAUUAAAGGCAGAAAUAAUAGACCUUAAAUCCCGCAGUAUGCGCGACAAUUUACUGUUUCAUAAGCUACCGGAAGAGAAAGAUGAAAACUGCGAGGAAAAAAUAAAACAUUUCAUCCAAGAUAAAUUGAAGAUCGAUAACGCCAUUGAUACGAUACGGCUACAGAGGGCUCACCGGGUAGGUCCCUUUAAGGCGGGCAAGAGUCGACCGAUAGUGGCCAAGUUCACGGAGUUUCACGAUCGUGAAAAAGUUCGACGAGCAGCGAAAGAACUAAAAGGAUCAAACUUCGGGAUUUCAGAGCAGUUCCCUAAGGAGAUCGUGGAGCAGCGAAGGAAGCUUAUACCUAUCAUGCUACAAGCUAGGAAGGAUGGCAAAGAGGCUUACCUUAAAGUUGACAAGCUAUAUAUAAACAAUCAGCUAUAUCGCGGAUCUACAUAG